AUGACUGAUCAGCUGAUGCCGAAUGAAACCAAACAGAACAUAUGCGAGACUUCGAGAUUGUGUUUCGAUAUAACGACUAGUAGCUCGCAAUUGACGAGGGAAAAUUUGAACCAACUUUAUACCAUAAGUUUUGUACUUAGUGCAGGCAGGCUGAUACCGGCUCGGGCAUACAAUGGUGUUUCCGUUAAAAAUUUUCUCAAGUUUUUUGCUGACCGUUCACUUCGCCAGUGGGACAUCUCUACCGCAAGAUGCAGGGCUCAAUUUCGGGAAUCUGAAGAUUUCGGAGGGGCUGAAAUCUUCACGAAAUGCGAAACGGUCGCCGUUAGAGAUCCGAAGAUCCUCGUCGAUCACAAAGAACUCCUCGUGGAUCACGCGGCCAACGUAGUCCUAGACCAGAAACACGUAAUCCUGGAACAUUCUCCCGGAAAAACUUUACACCUCGGACACUCCGGCGCUGCACCGAGCGCAGUCCUCUUGAGUCAUCCGGUUGACGGUCAUACGGUCAUUUUUGAACACAAACCGGUGCUGGUGGACCAACGGGGUCAAGAAACAAACGUCCUUAUCCACUCUGCCCCGAAGACCUUGGUCAUCGAACACAAACCCUUGGCGCACCCUCGUGAAAAGGACAUCGUGGUACACCCCAAAACGAUAGUUCUCGGGACCAGUAGGACCCUCGUACUUUCUCCAAAGAGUCAAAUUCACGAGAUAAUCGUUCAUAGACACGUACCGAAGACGGUAGUCGUUCAUCAAGCCGUCGACGAGGAUAGAAACAUUUUCAGAAGCCAUUUCGGAGGCUUCGGAUCUGGACUGAAUUACGGCGGACAUGGUGCCGGACAUGGCUUCCAUGUGCCUGUCUUCUGAGGUUACAGCUAGAUUAACCGCGGAGGGACACCUGAAGACCGUUUCCACAAAAGAUAAAUCAUCGUUUUUCUAUCAGGAAGUUGUGAGACGCUGUACCUAAGGAGUGCGAGUAUAAUUUAUUGGAUAGAAAUAAAGUUGAGAUUAUUCGUUCGUUCAUACGAUUAUUUGACUCCCAUGCGAUGUUCUUGAUUUAAAUUCCCGAUAAUGUGCAGAUGUGAUGAUUACACAUUUUCAGAAAUUUAUACACCGAGAUUCUAUUCUAUUUUAUUUUAACACUUCUUCGCAGGGGUUCUUGUCCUUAAUGACCUAUGAGAUAACUGUGGGCUGCAGAGAACAAUUACCACGCGAAUUCUAUCCACAGGAAAUUACGUCGUUAGGCUGACUCCAAAAGUUCUUUUAGAUAGAACAAGAUAAGAAUCCGCUUGUAGGAGAGCCGAUUAAAGAGAUAAUUAAGUUCGUAUAACAAUCUGGUAAGGUACAUAUAAAGUCCUUGCAUCGGUUUCAACAAUCUUAUUCCACAUCGUAUUAAAUAAUUUAUUAUAAACGUAUCGACAAUAGAAUUUCGAAUCAGCUGUUCGUCGCUCAAAUGUCACGAAAUCUAGCUUAUAAGUUACUCUACCAAAACCAUAUCGAUGUCAUAUCUGCGGAAUUUUUUUAUUUUCAAACAUAGCUUCAUCUCUGCACACGUUUGCGUAACAUUUUGUUAUUGUUAAAAAAAAAAAAAAAAUUGUAUCUGCUGUCGACGAAUAAAGUAUUCUAUCGGAAAGUUGGAGAGGUAUACUUGAAACAAACAAAAAAAUUUCAAAAUCUCCUCUAUGCAGAGAUCAUUUGGCGCUUCUAUAUGCACUCGAAUAUCAUAAAUCCUCGCACUUACUACCGUUGUUAGAACCAUGGAGUAUACAAAACACGCAAUAUUCCGCACGGCUUCUGUAGCUGGUUUUUAAACGCCCCAAUUAUCUGUGACGUUACACGCCAUUUAACUGCAAGAGAUAAAAAGCAGUUUAGGCUUUCGAAACCGCCAUAUGUGUAUACCUGUAUCUAUAUAUCGUUGCAGUAUUACGUUUUCUUCCGUUCAAAAUAACGGAUAUUUCUAAUAAGCGCGAGCGUAACAACGGUCUCGUAUGUGCACGAUAUAGUUAUAUAGUAUGUUAUAAUUACAAACAAUUCUCUGUCUUUUUCGCGCUGCAGAAAAUAUUUGCAAAAUUUAUUUCGUACGUAGUACGCGAGGCGACUGCACGGCGAGUUAGACCGACCGGUAAAUAAUUGCUUUGUUCCUAAUUAACCGAACAUAAUAUAAAUACCUUGUAUACUCGGAAGGUGAAUUCAUUGCGCCAAACGACGAUUACACAUACGUGUGCUUGAAUUAUUCUGCAAGUCGCGUUCGAAGAAUACGAAAAACUUGUACAAUUUUUAAAACAAUUAAGGUAAAUUGAACAAUUAAAACGACAAAAAACGUCGAGUGAAAAACUAAUACCAUAUGAUUCUGUAACUCGGCGAAGUUUAAUGAGGAUAAUUAUUGAACCAAAUAUGUGAACGAAUAGUUGUAAGUGUACUUUUUAUCGCAAUUGUAUUUUAUCCAUAAGUACCUACGUUACAUUUAUUACGUCAUUACAAUAAGGAAGACGUUGACAGCUCAAGUAUCUCCCAGCUCACCUAUACAGGUGAAAUUGUGCGAUAUUAUAGGUCCAAACAAAUUGCACCUCGUGGAACAAGCGUUUCAAAAAUUGAAUUUCUAUUUAUCAUUCAUCAAAUUUCGUUUUUUUCUCCGACACAAUCGUAUGUAUGUGGUGAUUUUUCAACCGAAAACUCGUGCCGUUCCGAAGAGAACAGUGAAAGUCGAUUGAAACUCGGAUGAAAUUUGAGCUCUUGAUUCCCUAUCAUCUUGCAUCCGCACAACUUUAUGAUACACACGUAACGUACAUAUGUAUACAUAUGUACAAUAUGUACCUUAUAACGAUAUUCGAAGAGACAGAUAUAAUAUUCACGUAUAAUCACCGCUUACAUACGUAUAUAUACGUAAAUAUAUAUUAUAUAGAAUUAUAACAUGCACGGCCACAUUUCUACUUUUAUAUUAAUAUCAUAUUAUAUAUCGUUGUUAUCAUUAUUACCGCAGAGUCAUAACGUUUACCGCGUCUUUGACACGACCGCUUUUCCACCAAGUAAUAUCCCGAGGCUGUACGUAAGUAUACCCCGCAUUUUUAAAGCACGCAAAGUAAGUCCGAUGACAUUGUUAGCUGUAAGGAAUAUGUAAUUCAGGCGAAUGCACGCCCGAGUACGUAUAAAAUAAAAUUCGAUUCGUCGAUCGAUGGAUAGUAAUUAGUUCAGGGGCGAAAACAAGGUACGUAACUCUAAUUAUAUACCUAAGCAAAUUUGCAUUACAUUGUGCGCCGCGGUACAAGAGAGAAGAAAAAUUGAAAAAAAAAAAAACAAAAAAAAGUACAUUUGAUGACGUAUACUCUAUCACUAAUAGCUAAGGGAUUCGAAGAGAUCAAACUGUUCACGUUGAACAAACAGAAGUUAAAGCUUCUAGACGGAAGCAUAUACAUGGAGAGCAGGUAAUUAAGGCAAUUCCCUAAGUAAAUACCCCUGUUGACUAGGCAGAAUUAUCCACUUGGAUUUGAACUCCGAACUCUAAUUCGCGAAAGAUUUCAUCCCUUACGCCUCCCCGCUGAGCCGCACUGACUCGCUUCGUGAAGUGAACCUGGAAAGUUUGAUGAUCAACAUCGUGAGAAGAGA